AUGUGUCCCAAUACUACGGACUCGGGAGUUUACAAGCCUCUGUACUUCUUUUUGGUGUUUGUUCUUUACAUCCUCAUUAUCAUAGUCAACUUAACCUUGAUCUUUAUUGUGGUAGUGGAUAAAAGCCUCCAUGAACCCAUGUACAUUUUCAUCUCUCAUUUGUGUGUAAAUGGACUGUACGGGACUGUUGGUUUUUACCCUAAACUUUUGCUGGACUUGCAAUCCGAAAUUCACACCAUAAGCUACAGUUGGUGCAUGAUUCAAAUGUAUGUCAUUUACAGCUCUGCAAUGUGUGAAAUUACAAUUCUAACAGUGAUGUCUUAUGACCGCUAUGUGGCAAUUUGCAGACCACUACAAUACCACAGCAUUGUGACUCCACGUGCUGUGUUAAAGUUGCUUGUUUUAGCCUGGGCUUAUCCUCUCUUGUCACCAGCAGUAGGCAUACUCCUUACUGCUAGAAUACCCAUUUGUGGAACUUAUAUCCAUAAGCUAUUUUGUGACAAUCCUUCAGUGCUAAAGUUGGGAUGUUAUCGAGCAAUAGUCAACCAGGUAUGGAGUAUGAUAGUUAUUUCAGGAUAUCUUAUACAGUUUGUUUUAGUUUUAAUUUCUUAUGCUAAUAUUGUCCAGGUUUGUAUAUCAUCCACUGAGGGUAGAGCAAAGUUCAGUAAAACUUGUGUGCCUCAUAUAAUGGUUAUGGUUAUAUAUAGUGUGACUGCAUUGUUUGAUGUAAUUUACAGCUGGGGUGGUUCUGUAAAUCUUCCAAUAGGUGUGCGUAAUGCAUUGGCUGUACAAUUUCUGAUUCUUCCUCCACUAUUGAACCCAUUAAUUUAUGGCCUACAACUUCCACAGAUUCGAAAACACGGGUCAGCCCUGCAUGCGCCUGGACUCGAACCGCUGAAACAGCAGCACCUCGGAUUCGGAGUUGAGCAUGCUGACAAUCACGCUAAAAGCCAGCUGCACUCUUGA